AACGGAAUCCCGAGAAUGCCCCUGGACCCCGACAACUCGCCGCCGCCGCCGCCGCCGCACCGUGACUGGUUCUUCCCGCCGGCGCCGCCAUUCCUCCCCUCCUCCUCCUCCCGGACCCUCGCUCACAGGGCCCCCUUCCCCACCACCUCCCGCUCCUACAAGCCCUACUCCCUCGCCGACCGUCGCCCGCCCCCGACCCCGCGCUCCCGCUCCCGCUCCCCGCACCCCUCGCCGGAGCAGCCCUCCCCGCCGCCCCCGUCCGCGCCGCGCCGCCGAGACCCACGGUACGCUGGCGUGCGCCGCGGGGAUGCACGGACGGCCCCCACCGCCGCGGCGCCCGCGGCUGCCCCGCCGGUGCCCGAGAGCAAAUCGCCGCCGGCGUCGGCGGCCACCCUCCGGUGGUCGGGCCUGGUCUCCGCGGCGGCCAUUCUGCUCUGCUUCGCCUCCCUCCUCCGCACGAACUUCUCCCUGCACGACCAGGUCCACCAUCUGCGGGGACAGCUCGCCGCGGCCACGGCGAAGCUGCAGUCAUGCAUCGUCGUCAUGGACUCCUCGCUGGACAUGAGCAGCAUGUUCUCCUACGACUCCUCCUCCUCCUCCUCCUCCUCCGUGCCGAGCAGGAGCCUGAAGAACUUCGCCCUGCUGCUCUCGCUCUCCGCCCUGUACGCGCCGAUCGUGGUCCUCAAGUACAUAGACCUGCUGUCCAAGCUGAGGAGGCCGCAGGACUCCGAGGAGGUCGCCAUCAACAAGCGGCUGGCGUACAGGGUCGAUAUAUUCCUGUCGCUCCACCCGUACGCUAAACCCCUGGUCCUGCUCGUCGCUACGCUGUUGCUUAUUGGCCUCGGUGGAUUGGCUCUUUACGGUGUCACUGAAGAUAGCCUGUCAGAUUGCCUCUGGUUGUCGUGGACCUUUGUCGCCGACGCGGGCAACCAUGCGAAUGCGGAGGGGUUUGGACCCAAGUUGGUUUCGGUUUCCAUCAGUAUUGGUGGGAUGUUGAUCUUUGCCAUGAUGCUUGGGCUUGUGACCGAUUCCAUCUCGGAGAAGUUUGACUCUUUGAGGAAAGGAAGGAGCGAGGUCAUAGAGCAGAGCCACACCCUGAUCCUUGGGUGGAGCGACAAGCUGGGAUCUUUACUGAACCAAAUUUCUAUUGCUAAUGAAAGUCUGGGAGGAGGGACUAUUGUAGUGAUGGCCGAGAGAGACAAAGAGGAAAUGGAAGCAGAUAUUGCUAAAAUGGAGUUUGACUUGAAAGGAACAGCUGUAAUAUGCCGAAGUGGAAGCCCUCUGAUUUUGGCUGACUUAAAAAAGGUCUCAGUUUCUAAGGCGCGUGCAAUUGUGGUUUUAGCUGUAGAAGGAAAUGCUGACCAGAGUGAUGCCCGAGCACUGCGAAUAGUCUUGAGUUUAACUGGAGUUAAAGAAGGACUAAGAGGUCACAUUGUCGUUGAGCUUAGUGAUCUUGACAAUGAAGUUCUAGUUAAACUUGUUGGUGGAGACCUUGUGGAAACUGUUGUCGCACAUGAUGUGAUAGGUCGAUUGAUGAUACAAUGUGCGCGUCAGCCGGGCCUUGCUCAGAUAUGGGAAGAUAUCCUUGGCUUCGAGAACUGUGAGUUCUACAUUAAAAGAUGGCCUCAGUUGGUCGGAAUGCAAUUUGAAGAUGUGCUGAUUAGCUUUCCUGAUGCUGUUCCAUGUGGAGUAAAGAUGGCAGCUUACGGGGGCAAAAUUAUUUUAAAUCCUGAUGAUUGUUAUGUCAUGCAAGAAGGUGAUGAGGUGAUAGUAAUUGCAGAAGACGAUGAUACGUAUGCCCCGGCACCAUUACCCAAGGUUAAAGAAGCUGUUUACAUAGACAUUGUUCGCCAUGAAAGAUACCCUCAGAAGAUUCUUCUUUGUGGAAUGCGACGGGAUAUAGAUGAUAUGAUUGUGGUACUGGAUGCUUUCCUAGCCCCAGGGUCAGAGUUGUGGAUGUUCAAUGAUGUCCCUGAAAUAGACCGAGAAAGAAAGCUAAUUGAAGGAGGUCUGGACUUCAGUCGUCUAGAAAAUAUUACGUUGGUUCAUCGUGAAGGAAAUGCUGUCAUUCGCCGUCACUUGGAGAGCCUCCCUUUAGAAUCAUUUGAUUCUAUAUUGAUUUUGGCAGAUGAAUCUGUGGAAGAUUCAGCAAUACAAGCUGAUUCGAGGUCUCUUGCAACGCUAUUGCUGAUCAGAGAUAUUCAGGCAAAACGACUUCCAUACAAGGAAGCUUUCCGAGGAGAAAGCUUCUCAGAAGGUUCUUGGAUGGGGGAGAUGCUACAAGCAUCUGAUAAAUCUGUCAUAAUCAGUGAAAUACUGGACCCUAGGACAAAAAAUUUACUAGCCAUGUCAAAGAUCAGCGACUAUGUUCUUUCAAAUGAACUUGUGAGCAUGGCACUGGCGAUGGUUGCAGAAGACCGGCAAAUAAAUUACGUCUUAGAGGAGCUCUUUGCUGAAGAGGGGAAUGAACUGCAAAUACGACAAUCUGAGCUGUACCUCCGAGAAGACGAGGAGCUGAAUUUCUUUGAGGUGAUGCUACGAGCAAGGCAGAGGAAAGAGGUUGUCAUCGGGUACCGUCUCGAGGAUGCCGAGCGUGCCAUAAUCAACCCGCCGGACAAAGUCUCGAGGCGGAGGUGGUCACGUAAGGAUGCUUUUGUUGCCAUAGCUGAGAAAGAAUGACGUACGAUCAUAGAUUACAUGAAAAUACACGCCUCACCAACAUUAGCAGCAGAUUGCUGUGGGGUGCCACCGUGUACGUCUGCAAGAAGAAGCACUAAGCGUGAGGGAGCAAAGUAUGAAGAAGAUAGUAGGAUCAAUCUAGGGUCUAGAUACACCACCAGGCUACCUUCGCACAUAGGUUCAGUUUACUGUAUAUUCUGUCUGAGAAACUUCUGGCAGCCCCAGUGGAGGCUAUAUAGAGAUCAACCUUCCUUCGGGGUCUAGGCUCUUUAGGCUGUUGUACAGGCAGGCUAUAGUGUUCAUUAAACGGAGCAGCUGUAAUACCAAGUGUAACUUUUCCUUUUUUGCAAAUUGGAAGUGUACAUGUGAGAAACAAGAAGCCUUUGUAGUCUGGAAGAUGCAUUUUUUUUAAGAAACUGUUUUUCAUUAAGAUUUA